CUUAUCUUCUCUUCCUUUGUGUUUGCACCUUUUUUUAGUGUGCUCUGUGGGACCGGGAACACUGGAGAGAAACGUCUCUGCCUGCCUCUGUCACAGGUCACUCAUGUCUGUGGGACUAGAACCCGACUUCUCCAGUGAUGAGGUGUUUGUCAGCCGGUUCCCCAUCCACCGCGCCUGUCGGGAUGGAGAUGUUGGUGCACUGCUCUCACUGUUCCAGCAGCUGUCUGACCAGGCUCAUCUGACUGUGGAGGACUCCUGCUACGGCUGGACCCCCAUACACUGGGCUGCCCAUUACGGACAGCUGGAGUGCGUGGUGCGCCUGGUCCAGAUGGGUUGUGAGGUGAACACUGUGACCAGCCGCUUCAACCAGACACCAACACACACCGCAGCGUUUGGAGGACAUCCUCACUGCGUGGUGUGGCUAACUCAGGCUGGAGCUGACGUCAACAGGCAGGAUUUUGUAGGCGAGGCUCCCAUCCACAAGGCAGCUCGCUCAGGUAGCUUGGAGUGUAUCCAGGUCCUGUUGCUAGCAGGUGCUAAACCACAUUUAAGGAACGCCAGUGGGCAGACGGCAGCAGACCUGGCCCAUGCUCACGGCUUCCACGACUGUUUCCGCUUCAUCUCCAAAACCCAGAAGCUCAGCGGAGUCCACGUGAACGGAGUGCAGAAUGGAAACAGUGGCCCGUGUGGUGAGGACCUGCUGAGCAGAAAGAGGCUGCUGGAUGCGGUGGACACCCGUGACAUGAAGAAAGCCCGGAGAGCCGAGAAUGUGUUGGUGCAGAUGCAGAGUGGAGGCGAGGAGCUGGAGAGUAUGAACAUGGAGUCCACACAGGAGCUGCACUCAGCAGAUGACACCAAAUUUACCGCCAACGGCCAUCAUCACACAGUGCCUUAUACCGACCAGGACCACCCCGAGCCACCCAAGAGCCUGGCCCCGCCCUCCCCUCCAGCCAACCAGCAGGCGGCAGCACCCACUCAGCACUCAUUCUCCGACAUGUGCGGUUCACUGCAUCUGACUGGCAGUCCCAGCAGCUGCGUGUCCCAUCGGCCGGCCUGGUGGGGGCUGAUGGGAGCUGACUGCGGGGACUCCCUGCAUUACGGACACUACCACGGUUUUGGAGACACGGCGGAGGAGCUGAGUGACAGCAGCAGCACGCAGGCCGAGCACAGAUACAAGCAGGUGGUGGCCAGCACCGUCCACCUGUACCGCGGCUCAUAAAGACACGGUGAGGCUUCACAGCCGGAGGACUUUCUGACAUGAGUGUGACACUGUGGAAGUUAUUAUGCUGCCAAACCCACAGUCACUAUUCCAGACAUGUUUCAUCCAGUUUGAUGAAAUCUUUCUAAAGUUUUCAACUUUCAACUUUCUCAUGCUAAGAAUUCAUUAGUGCAAUGUGUUUAACAGAAAACAAAGGGCAAUAACAAUAUUCAUGCUCAGCUGUAAUAUCAAUAUGAAACUGAGAUCUUGUUGAAGUCAGGGACUGUUUUCUGUCACAUAUAGGUGAGCUCUGACGCCUCAACCGUGUUUCCAUGUUCAACAUCCAGCUGCUCAUGCUGCGCUGUUCAGUGAACAGCUGGAGCUGUGUGCAGUAUUUACAUUCCCCUGUCCGGCUGUUUGCACUAUGAAGGGCUGUCAGGCUGCAUUAUGUGCUGUUUUGUGUGUGUUGGUGGAGGCUGUCCUUUAGCAGGGAGAAGAACUGCACCGAAGCGCCUCGUCAGCCUCCAUCUACCAAAGGGAAUGUGUGUUUUCUUCUUCAUGUCUCAGAGCAGAGGAGUGUGUGUCAUCUUCCACAGCACACUGUGGGCUUUUUGGAUUCUUGGACAUACAGACAGUGUGCUGAAGACACGCUGCCUCUUUUUGUAAACACUAUGUGAGCUGUGUGGGAAUGUGCACCACGUGCCAAAAACGGACUGACUCCAACCAGGCACUGCUGCUUCUACAGCUGCUGUACACUUUCUAUUAAAACAUGUUUUGCAUUUUUAUAAGAA